GACUUACUACUUUCCAUUCCCAUCUAGAAGUCUUCGCAGUCCUCCUCGUUGCAUUCUCCUGUUCGCAAUCUCAUCCUCAUCCAUGCGAUUUCGUCAAGCUCGAAGAGAUCGAGUAUUGACCGAAGAUAUUUUGUAGGAGAUCGAAGUUUGGGGGCGAAUCAUCAGCAAAGAUCGAAUCUUUGCGGGAUCUGCUGCUCGUUUUCCGGCGCCAAGGGCUUUCCGGCGGCGUGAUGACAAUGGAGAACCAGGUGGUGGUGGCGAUCGAUUGUAUCGCGGGGGGUAGCAAGGCGAAGGAGUGGAGCGGCGGUGACAGCGAGGCCGCCGCGCUGCAGACCGGCGACAUCCUCGAGGAGGUCAUCUUCAGGGCGCUGCCGCCUGCGCGGGCGCCAUUCAAGGGCGGCCGGGCGGCGGUGAUGAAGCAGCUCCACACCGCGUACAAGCGCGGCGACACCUCCGUGCUCCUCAAGGCCCGCCGGGGAUGGCCCGACGACCCCAGCGCCGCCACCAUCGAGCUCCAGGCCUGCAUCACCUCCAACCCCCAGGCCGGACGCCGGCAGUACGUGCUGCGAUCCAUCCAAUACCCCAAUCACGCCGUCGGCAUCGUCGACCGCUCCCUGUCCGACUGCUUUGCCUUGCUGGGUAAUACCUACCCUUUCCCUCGUCGGCAUCAUCGAUCGUUCCCUAAUCGAUUCUCAUGUUUAACCACUUCUGCAAAAGGAUCGAGGAAUUCCAGAGCUGUCAGUGCACUGAGCAACUUCCAACUCCAAGAUGGCUACGUCUCAUAUCCUUGGGAAAAGAUGAUGCGUAACUCACUGGACACUCCGAACUCAAGCGGCUUCUUCUCCCUGCUCAUCCUCCCCAAGGCAGUUGACCCUUCGGGCACGCGCUACAACUCGGUCGAGGACACGUUGGCCCGGGCCAACGCGUGGCUCGACUGCUCUCAGGCCUCAGGAGUCCCCAUCGCCUGCACCAGUGUCCAAACUGAGGCCCUACUCACCAAGAUUUCCGGCGAGACAGCUUCGUCCACUGUGAACACGGGGUCCUUGGCUGACCUCUCCAACUUAGCCAAUGUCAGCCUCUACGGCUUCGAGGACUACCACGGGGUGGACAUCGGGGUGAUCAGGGCCGUCAGGCUUUGGUACACUCCGAAAGCAGGGGAGAUGGCCGUCGAGAUUAGGCUUCGGGAAGGCGACUCUAAGUUAGGCUUUGCAAUUAGUCGAACCGAAGAGGGGUUCGUCUACAUAUCGUCUGUGAUCGACGACGACAGCCCCAACAUUGCGGCCACUAGAUCGGGCCUCCGAGAGCUCUUCAGAGAAGCCACGGAAGUCUCAAAGCUACUUGUCGUUUCCAGGGUCGGCGGCGAGAAGGUCCUGCCAUGGAUGGUCUCCACCUCAGGCGCGAUACGGUGCUUCGACACGGUCUCCCUCAGCCAGAAGCUCUCGCUCCACCGCCACGCGCUGAAGCCGAUUCUGCUCCACCUGUUCAUGUGGGAGAGAGAGAUGGUGCCUCCGAGACCGGCGAAAAUGGCCGAGAAGCCGGAGGAUAAACGAUUGCCCUCGCCUCAUGUGGGUCGAGUGCUUGAUGACUUGGUGUACAGGGGAGGGCCUGACGGAUCUCUCACUAGGGACACAGCUGGGGAUCUCUCGUUCAGAUUCCACAACUUCUCCAUCACCCGGAACUGGGUUUGAUCGGUCCGACGAUCGACGUUGGGUUUCAUUAGGACACUUCUUAGACGCACCAAAUUCAUGGAUUGUAAAAAUCUUUAAGUUAUGGAUCCUCCUCGUAAAGCUUAAAGAAGGCCCGUAAUUUAUC